GAUAACAAUGCUUCAUCAGGGAAGCUGGUUCUCCAGCUUGAUGAUACUCUCUGCCAUUUUCUCUUUAACUUCGCUCAUGCUAAAAUCUGAAGGAGCAAACCAUACAGUUGGCGACAGCUCUGGCUGGGAACUCUUGACAAACUAUACCAACUGGACACAGGGAAGAGAGUUUCAUGUCGGUGAUGUUUUAGUUUUCAACUACAACAAGGACCAGCAUAACGUUAUGCAAGUUAACUCUACCGCAUACGCAGAUUGUGGAAGAGAUAAUUACAUCUCUCUCUUCACCAACGGCAACGACUCAAUAAUUAUAUCAGAGGUUGGAGAGCACUGCUUCAUCUGUGCAAUGUACGAUCACUGUGAGAAUGGCCAGAAGCUAAGUAUUAAUGCAACUCUUUGAGUACUAUUGAUGAGUCAAAUCAAAGAUAGGUAGCUUGUUGUUUGUGCCAUCUCUAGCACCAAAAUAAUGUCAUAUACUUGAAUAACAUCAUCUGAAUAAUAUAAUAUCAUUAGCUUGAAUAA